GGACGGGGAGGGAGAAGGGAAGUAAGGAGGGGAGGAGAGAAGAGGAGUCAACUUCACUCAACACAGGAAACUGAAAAUGUUUUUUGUUGUUGUUGUUAUCUGAUGAAUCAAGCGCUGCGUAUGCUCUUGAAUUCAAAGUAGACAGCGUGAUACAGUACGACCGAUACUAAAUCCGGAGGGCUUGCCUUGCAAAAUCGAUUGAGCGGGAGUGACCUCGGGAUAAGGCGCUGGUAUAGUCCAUAUAAAUGUUAGCGAUUCUUUAAGGAUGCUGGAAGCAACGAAUGUGAUUUUUAGUUGAAUGUCGUUUAAAGUGCUCUAAUGUAUAGGCGAGGCCUAAACAGUUAUCGUCAGAAAAAAAAUGCGUUAGUAUGAUGCGUCUAUUUUGCGACUGCGCGUCCGAAUGUGCCACGUUUUGAGUUGCGUCUGCGCCAGGCUGAUCAGCGUAUCUGUCAUACGUCUCCUCUAGCCAACCCUUGCGCGCUCUUCAACUUUGUUAAGAUCUGGUCUAGCUUUAGCUCACUCGGGACAGCGGAGUUUAUUCCACUGGGCUAAACUGCUUUUGAACUCAAAAGAGUUCUAGCCCUGCGCAUAAUGUCGGACUGACGCCUUCGGGAUGGCAUCGGCGGUUUUUGAGGGAACGUCUCUGGUCAACAUGUUCGUGAAAGACUGCUGGGUUAACGGAAUUCGAAGGCUAAUCAUAAGUCAACGAGGGGAGGAAGAAGACUUCUUUGAAAUAAGGACCGAGUGGUCGGACAGAAAUGUUCUGUAUUUACACAGAAGUUAUUCGGAUUUGGGACGACUUUUUAAAAGACUACUGGAAUGUUUUCCGGAAGACAGACAAUAUUUGUCGAAAUCCCCUUUUAUAGAAGGCCUCGUGAAGAUUAAAGAAGCGAAAGACAUUGAGGUCAAGCUGAACGAGGUGGAGAGGCUCAUGAAGAGCACCAUCAACAUGUCAUGGAAGUUCUCCAGGUCUGAGGUUGUCUUAACGUUCUUUGAACGUUCACCACUAGAUCAAGUGCUGAGAAAUGACAACAUCCACAAGAUACAACCAUGUUUUCAGAGCCCGGUCAAAAUUUCAGAAAUUAUGAGGUCUAAUGGGUUCUGUCUGGCAAACACAGAGACUAUUGUAUUUGAUGAGAACGUUCCUCAGGAUAAGGAGAGACCCUCUUCUACAGACUCAGCCCAACAUUCGUAUGACGACGACGGGAAAGAGUGUGUGUCUGUUGAACAGGACCUCAGUGACGAUGACCCAGAGGCCUAUGUCACCAACUUGUCCUACUACCACCUUGUGCCCUUUGAGACAGAUAUCUUGGAGUGAGGGGGCACCCUUCUUGCGUGCACGGAUAAUGGCAAAGGAAGCUUGGAACAUUCUGCUCCGGUCCCACCCUGGGCCCGCCCCGUGCCCCCUCCGACUACGUACGGAGACCGCGCGUCUGCUAGAGGCCUCUGCUGCUGGCUAGCAGUGUUGGGAUUGACUGAUAGAGAUGGGGCUUUAUACAGACAGGCCUGUGUGCCACCCGUGCUCUGCAGCUAUAGGACAGUAAUGGCGAACUGGUGCUGCUCUUUCCCACGUGCCUCAGUACAAAGCCUUAACUACCAGUAGAUGUCAUCUGCUGGAAAAGCACGACCUCAGCUGUGGAAUCCCUGCAAUUAGCCACUGUGGAGUCAUGACAAAAUGGCACAACAGAAGACCAAGUCCCAAAUCAUGUGUAAAAUAAUUUAGAAACAUUAAUCUAUAUCAACUUCAGGAAGAUAAUAUAGAUAACUCAGGUGCACUCUAUGAACGGUGCGUGCACUAGAACAGAAGUCUUUUCUCUUUUUCUGAGAUGGCCAUAGGAGACUCCAGGGCAUCUGCCACAUGUCUGCAGAGUAGUAUUACACUACUAGCACAAUGGCAUCUGAGAUGAGAGCUUAUGUAAGGCAACAUGAAAAUCCUGCAAUGCAUAUUGAUCAAUGUCUCCUUUUAAAGACUGCAAGUUGGUCUGGUGGUUUGCUAGUUUAUAACAACAUUAUUAACAAGUUUGCCAUUGAUUAAGAAUCAGUAAAUAAUACAGUAAAUAAAAUGCAGGUGAUGAAACCAUCUCGGUGCUAAAUAGCCAGUACCAGUUCUAGCAUGCUUUGGGAGCAGAAGAGGCCACAAUGAAGAUGAAUCUGUAUUUUUAUUGUGGGGAAACUGCUUUAGCUGAGAGCCGGUGAUUGUCUUCUAGCAAAACAAACAAUUAGAGCCUCAUGAAGAGGUGGGAGUUCAUGGUCUUCUUUCAUAGUGUGCACAAGCAGUCAGACUUGGACAAUGCCACAGUGAAUUUGGUCUGUAUCCAGGUGUCACGACGACCUGGUGUCUCUUACAGUGGAGCUGGAAUGGAAGGCAGGGGCUAGAGGACCUUUAUUUUGUCAUUUAAAGUCUUGGGACUCUUCAUCUGGUGUCCCAAAACAACAAUGCAUUUAGAAUCGAUUUUUGUAAUGGGCAAUGAAAAAAAUCUCCACAACACCUUUCACUAGACAAUUUGUCAUGGACCUUUCUAGAAUUACUGUAGAAUUGACAAUAUGUCUUACCUAUUUAUUGUUUACAUCGCAAAAAUGUUUCCAUAUUUGGUCUAUAGUGUUUUUGCCUUUGUUUAUAAAUUUAGGACUUUAUCUGGACCCUAGUGGAGAGGGUGUAAAAAGAGUGUAUAGAAAUAAAUAAAUUACAUUUAUUUAAACUGCAAAUUAGGAAGUUAAAUAUGGAUUAUUUCUUUAUAUAUACAAAAUUGCAAAAAUAAUAAUAUUGUGUCAUGAAAUAACCUUAAUUGCAUGUAUAUUUAAUAUUUACUAAGAUAACGAGAGCUGUAAAAUAGCUUCUUUUUUCACUAAUGAAGGAUCUACUUUGUAAUGCAGUCAUGCUUUCUGCGCAACCCGUGAGAAAGUUUCACUCUUUCACAGCAGGCCAAACCGAGAAACUGCCUUUCCUCUUUGUGAUGCAGGGCACAGAGUAUACAAAUUGCAUAAUAAUAGAAAACAUCCAUUUACAUAAAUGAAUGAAGCAUUUAAUAUUUGAAAUUCUCGCUGCAUUGUCAAAAUGAAAACACUGGCAUCUGAAUGGAACUGAGCUCUUAGGGGCAGGCAGGUCAGACACACGAUGCUGGAUCCUUUUGAAUUUCCCUUUAUCUCUUCAACUUUAUUAUUCAUGAUCCCAACAGGAUAGUCAUCCACUAAUCAGCUCUGGGGAGGAGCCAAACAUUCCGAUGAGACUCUCGGGUCCUGUUCCAGGACUCAUAAACAGAGCGCAGUCUGUGCGCACCGCUAUUUCUCCGUGAACAGAGCUGAGGCUGCAGUUUAAGCAAGGCUGUGUGUGCCAUAAAAGCCAUUAAAAAAACUCCACUUAAACCGCAUAUACUUAUGCAUUCAGCUGAGCGAUCACUUGAAACAAAGACAAGGGCUCAUUUCUGUAUGAAGUUGGCUGUUGACUGUAGCAGUAUUCAGUUUAAGCACACUUUCAGUGAUCAUUUAUGGAACCUGGCCACUUUAUGCAUUUAAUUUACCUCUGGAACCAAUUGAAACAUUUCAAUGAGAUCUAGGUAGAGUGAAUGAAUUUUUGACUUAUUUCUGUCUAGCAUUACGGGCUGC